AGCCAUUGCUGAGCCUGGGUUUCGUCGCUCCUGUCUACUAUACAUUCUGACCCUGGUAGUACGUACAUGAUUGCCAAAUCUCUCCAGUGCUUCUACAUACAUACCUAGUACAUACCUAGGUAACUAGUAGUGCUCAUCUUCUAUACUCGACAGCUUGAAGUUGAUGAGCGAUUUGGGUAGGUCUAUCAACGAUCGCGAUCGCAUACCUACCUGGGUACCUUAUCCUCCUCUUAAACCUUUGCGCUUGAAAUAUGGCAACUGCCCAACUCCAAGUAGACACCAUGGCGACGAAACCCUCGCAAACUCUUCAUAACAAACACGCAAAAUCUGCUGCAAUGGAGGCUAUAGAGGAUAUUGUUUACGGCUCUUUUGCUGGCAUCGUGGGUAAAUACAUAGAGUAUCCUUUCGACACUGUCAAGGUUAGGUUGCAGUCCCAACCUGACCACCUUCCUCUCCGCUAUACCGGUCCGCUCGAUUGUUUUCGGCAAUCCAUCAGAGCCGGUGGAUUCCUGGGGUUAUAUCGUGGAAUAAGUGCACCGCUCUUCGGAGCAGCGGCCGAGACCAGCUGCCUCUUUUUCUUCGAACGAAUUGGUCGCGAAAUCGUUCACUCUUCCGGAUACUGUUCGCGGGAUCGAGUGCUUCCGCUUUCGGCCUUGUUUUUCACUGGCGCCUUUGCAGGGGCCUUCACCUCCUUCGUCCUCACCCCAAUCGAGCUCGUAAAAUGCAAGAUUCAAGUGCCUACGUACACCAAGGCUGAUGGGGCCACGCCUAAGCCUCCUACUAUUCCUUCUGUUAUCCGUAGUGUAUACAAACAUGAGGGCUUGAAAGGCUUUUGGCAUGGGCAGAUGGGUACGUUCCUUCGGGAAUCCGGCGGCAGCGCAGCUUGGUUUGGCUCCAAGGAGACUGUGACGAAGAUGUUCUACCUCUGGAAUGAACGAUCUACUACAUCGCAACUGGAAAAGGAUGCCCUUGCUACAGAAGCAUUACCAUUGUGGCAACAAGCCGUAGCCGGUGCAUCCGCUGGCGUGUCCUACAAUUUCUUGUUUUUCCCAGCUGACACGGUCAAAUCUCGCAUGCAAACCGCGCCUGUAGGUGGUUCGGGCCAGAACAAAACUUUUUGGCAGGAAGGCAAGGCUCUAUGGAAUCAGCACGGUUUACGAGGGCUCUAUCGCGGAUGCGGGAUUACUGUGUUGCGGUCGGCACCCAGUUCGGCCUUCAUCUUCAUCGUUUUUGACGGCUUGAAGCAGUAUCUGCCCCUGUGAAUUGGUGUUGAACAUUUAGCCGAAUCUUUUUUUUCUUGGGGGAGAGGGUCGUAUGCGAUGGACGCUGAUAAGAUAGAUGGGUAUAGACGGCUUAAAUAUGAAGAGGAACGGCGUUUGGGCUGAUCAGUUAUAGAAGAUGAAUGUAACCUAGGGUAUUGAGUACGGCAUGA